AUGUCAAAUGAGUCUGAAAACACGGAUUCAACCAAGCCUGCGACAGAAUGGCAAUUCAUUGACGCUUCGAACAACAGUCGGAGCAACUUGACCCAGGUCAAGCGCCAUGUGAUGCAACAAUACAUGCGCCAAAAACGUGCGUCGGGUCAGUCUAGUAAUGAUGUUGAACAGACGGCGGUAGAAAGCCACAAUGCGCCACGAAAGGCUACCCGACGCCCUAGGAAGGCUAGGGCUUCUGCAGGGGACACUGCACAGAAAGGAAAGAAAGAAGACCUCAAUAGGCAGAGGCAGAAGAAUGCAUCAGCAGAAAAGUCCGAUGUCCAAGUUGUCCCGAAUCAAGAGUUGACGGACGAUGUGGUGGAAGAAAUUGAGCGAGAUUUUAUCCCUGGAGUCAUGAGCUAUACAAGUGCUGAAAAUGCAUCCUUACCGGCCAACUCCUUCUUUCAGCUUCAAGGCUAUCCGAUAUCGCCCUAUCUUCUAGACAAAUAUGCAUCUGGAAGUCAGAGUAGUGGCUCAGAGUCUAGCAGUUUAUCCCCGUGGUCAUCCACUCCAACAUCCCCAUCUGAUGUCACGCUUUCUCCAAAAACUAUACUCAGCGCAGCAAGAACCGACCCUUUCAACACCCUACCGAUGGAUCUAGAUGCUGAGGGGCAACGGCUAUUCGACUUCUACGUUAAUGAGAUGCCUGCCUGUUCCUAUGGUAGUCAUUUCCGCUCUGCCAAAGCCCAUAACUGGUAUACGGCAGUCUUUGUCCCAGAAGGUAUGAAGGGCGCCGUCACAUUCCAGAACACUAUCCUCGUACAUGCUGCGAACACUUGGGCUUGGGUACGGAACGAGGAGGAGACUGACUAUACACUUGUUCACCGCAACCGCGCAAUCUCCAUGCUCCGAGAUCAUAUGACAAGACAUCCAGGUGACAUUUCCGAUGUUGCAAUUAUCGCAUGUCUCAGCGCUGCAGGCCUUGAGGACUUUGAUCCUCGCCCAGGGCAUAAGGAAAUUAGCUGGGUUCACAUGCGGGCUGCGAGGGAAAUGAUACGUGCCCGAGGAGGACCGGCGGCCUUUGAGAAUACCCGUUUGGGCAUGCUAAUCAACUGGCAAGAUUAUAUUCUAUCUGGAUAUGAAACAAAUGGGCUGAGCUUCUUCUUCGAGUAUAACCCUUCAGUCAAACGAUCUUUCAAUAGUCAAGGCCAAUGGCAAGACUCGAUCACACAAACAUUCAAUUUGACACCCUCUCCCUUACCUUCAAUACCAUUGUUAUCGCCUCGGGAUGCUUUUUCACCCUCUGGAUUAAUCAGUCCAGGUUAUUCGCUGUCCUUUCUGUCACCCGAGGAUGAGAUCAGGCAUCAGUGCGAUGAGUUCAUUGACUUUUUGAAGCGUUGUGAGGAGCUCUCGGUAUCCCAUCGAUCUAAACAUGCCAACAUGCCAGCUUUACUCUUUGGGACUACCGAAACUCCGUGCAACAUAGCGAAACCUUCCUCUGGACAUUGGAGCAAGCAGUACUAG